CAUACCAAAGACCAAAUCUUCUCUGUUUAUUUCUCUCACUCUAUUCUUCUUCUUCUUCCUCUAUAAUGCGAUUUUAAGACUGUGUCAAUAACCACUUUGUCUAAGUAAAUACUCCAUUUGACUACUUCAUCUUCUUCAUUCUAAGUGUUCAACUUUGUACUAAUCAACUUGUACAUUACAACGCAGUUUUCCUUUUUGCAUAUAUAUACCCAAUUGAGUGUUCUCACCAUUGCCCAGUUAGAAAAGAAGUUUUUCUUUUGGCUCACUGAUCAGUGAGUAGUGAUCAACUCACUGUGCGUUACGUUUGACAAAAAAUUGGUUACAAAAUUGAAAGUUUUCGCUUGGGAAAAUUGCAUAAAUGAUGACGAAUUACUAUCAGCUUGUGAAAUCUACUUCCUAUGAAGAUUCUUUAAAGGCAAUUGAGGCUGAUAUUCAGUAUGCCAAUUUGCUGGCAGCUUCUAUUCCAAGGUUCAAGAAUGGCACUUGUCUACAAAUGAAAUUGGUGUACAAUAACUUGGCACCAAUACUUGUGUUCUUGCUCCAGUGGAUGGGUUGCUCAUGCACAUGCUUACUUCCAAGUUAUUUCAAUCUCUUCCACAUAGUUGUAUACAAGGUUAUCCCCAAUAGCAAGAAGAAGAUUCAUUUAGAUGGGAGGAAAGCAAGCAUUAGAGAAUUCUAUGCGGUUCUAUUACCAUCUCUCCAGCGACUACAUGAUAGCUCAUCAGAGCACGAUUGUAGUCAAGAUGAACCUCAAGUGUCAAAAACGAUUGUUGGGAAGAAAGUACAAGAGAAAAAGCAUUUCGAUGCUGAUCUAGAGAAAGAAGAUGAAUGUGGAAUCUGCUUAGAACAGUGCGCCAAAAUAGUUUUGCCAAACUGCUGUCAUGCAAUGUGCAUUAAUUGCUAUCGUGACUGGAACUUAAGGUCCGAGUCCUGCCCAUUUUGCAGAGGAAACCUCAAAAGAGUGAACUCAGGGGACUUGUGGGUUCUCACGGGCAAUGGCGACAUUGUUGACCAGGAAACUCUUUCAAAUGAGGACAUGUUGCGGUUCUAUCUUUACAUAAACAGCCUACCUAAAGAUACUCCAGAUGCCCUCUUCUUAGUUUACUAUGAAUAUUUGAUAUGAUUUAAGUUAUGAACUUAGAAUUUGACUAGAAGUUUAACAAUGCCGACCAAAACAUGCGUAUAGAGUCUGGUGAAGCCUUCUUUUUCUUGUAUUGUUCAUUCUUUCGUAACAUUUCUUAUUAACUUUGUGCUGAAUAACUACAUGCUUAUUGUAUUUUAUCAAAGACCAUGAAGUACUGUUACCUAACUUUUAGCACUCUGA